UUUCUCUGAUCUACCAAUUCUAGGGGUUUUUUUUCCGAUUUCAAGCCGAUUUUAAUACGACUCGGAUCGAAAUGUGAACUGACCGCUACCGCGUUUUAAAACCCUGCUCACAAUCUCACACGUCUCUGGAUUUCUGUAGUCGUUUCUAGUUUCUAUGCUUUUAACAUUCCAGAAGGAUCGUAUCCUCUGGCGGUUCCUCCUAUAUAUAUACUCAUUUUUGUUUUUUAAUUUCUCCCUUACCAAAGUUAUACCCAAAUUGACUCGUUUCGAUUCGACGUUGCGAAUUCGUUCUCCUCUCUCUCUUUCUCCAGGAUUCAGUAAUGGCUAAAGAAGGACCCAACUGGGACGGAUUGCUGAAAUGGAGCCUCGCAAACUCCGACGGAAAUCGGCCUCCUCGACAGUUGAGUGAGGAGGAUCGGAAAUGGUUCAUGCAAGCUAUGCAAUCGCAGACUCUUGAUGUUAUUCAGCGGAUGAAAGAGAUCACUCUUGUUAUGCAAACUCCAGAGCAAGUGUUGGAGGCUCAAGGGGUUACUUCAGCUGAUAUUGAAGAUUUGCUAGAUGAGCUCCAAGAGCAUGUUGAGUCCAUUGACAUGGCUAAUGACCUUCACUCAAUUGGGGGUUUGCACCCUCUGCUUGGCCACUUGAAGAAUUCCCAUCCUGGCAUUCGAGCAAAGGCUGCAGAGGUGGUUAGUACGAUCGUUCAGAACAAUCCCAAGAGUCAACAACUUGUGAUGGAAGCGAAUGGCCUAGAACCUCUCCUCCACAACUUCAUUUCAGAUCCUGAUGUAACAGUCCAGACCAAAUCGCUUGGGGCAAUAUCCUCUUUGGUUAGGCACAACAAACCUGGAAUUGCUGCAUUUCGUCUGGCAACUGGUUACACAGGACUGAGGGAUGCAUUGGGGUCAGAGAAUGUUAGAUUUCAAAGGAAGGCCCUCAACUUGAUCCACUACCUUUUAAAUGAGAACCAUUCAGACCACAACAUAGUCACUGAGCUUGGAUUUCCACGCAUCCUGAUGCACCUGGCGUCCAGUGACGAUGCUGAAGUGAGAGAAGCAGCACUUAGGGGACUUCUUGAGCUUGCUCGUGAAAGGGGAGGUGGGACCAACAACAGUUUGGCUGAAGAUUGUGAGAAAUUGAAGCAAAUUCUGCAGGAUAGGAUCAAAGGUAUCAGUGUGAUGUCUCCUGAUGAUCUAGGGGCUGCUAAGGAGGAGAGGCAGCUUGUUGACUCCCUGUGGAAUGCUUGCUACAAUGAGCCUUCUUCUCUCCAAGAAAAAGGUCUGCUUGUUCUUCCAGGAGAAGAUGCACCACCACCCGAUGUCGCAAGCAAGAUUCUUGAACCUCCUCUGAGGGCUUGGGCUGCUGCAAACCCAUCGACAAAUCAAGACUCCAAGAGUGCUAAGAAAGAGGCCCCAUUACUCCUGGGGAUGGGUCCUCCAUCCACUACCCCUCAAGUUGAGAGAAGUACAAACUCGGGUUGUGAUGCAUCAGGGAGUGCACAAACAUGAAAUCCUUGGUGUAGUACGUUUAUAGCAACAAUGAAAGUGCUAGAAAGUGCUGUAUGAUAUUUGUUGUUUCCUUUUCUUUUUAAUCGUUCCUUUUCCUUCAAGAUAACUGCUUUUUGGUUGGGAGCACAGCUCAGUGGUUUAAUCGAUCUUCCUUUAUUGAGCUGGUCA